GCUCAGUUUCAAUCUGAACACCUUACGAUCAGUUGCUUUUUUUCUCCGUGAAAGUGUUAAAAGGAGACUUCAAAACCGUAUAAGAAUAUCAAUUGCUGCAACACCUUAAGACCAUCAUCCACCAUUAGAAUCAGUGAAAGGGCCUGCCAUUUUGCAGUAUUUUCCGUCCACUAACUUUGUGGAAAUUGUGGAAAUGAGGAAGAUGUUGUGAAACUUUUAAGUGAAAAAGUAAAAGAGUUUCCACUAUCUGCAAUGGCAUUUGACCUCUUGGAUUACUGAGGAAUACCAGUUUUUUUUGUGUGAAGACUUUUCGUGGUGCUUUCAUCAGUGAUUAUGUCAUUGACAUCAAUUUCAUUCUGCCAUUAAGAGACCCAAUGGAUGAAAAGUCCACAAUCAUUGCCCAAUGAGUUACUAAAGUGCGCAGGUUUUGUACAGUGAAAUUACUGAGAGAGACAUCAUUUUCUCGUGAAGUUUCCCUCGCGGACAACAUCUUUCCACCCAGUCCAAGGCAAAAAACCAGUUAACAGGAAUUGCAAUUAUAAUUGUAUCAAGUGUAGAAUGCUCAAUCAACACGUUUAAUUGCACCGCAACAAUCCCACGUGUGCAAGGAGUGCCCAAAUAUCAACAGAAAAAAUGGGUCGUGUAUCAAAAGCAAUUGUGAUCUUUUCACUAUUGACACUGUUGAAAGUGAUGGUAAAUGGUGAAGAUGUUGAUGAUUUAGUGGACUUUGAGUUUGAGACGCAAACGCCUACGAGUGACUAUGAGUAUGUGGAUGAAGUGACUGACAAUAGAAAUACGCACCAAAAUACACUUUUGGAUGAUUUGGAUGAUGUGGAAACGGAAUCAGAUCCGGUGGCUGUGAAUUUUCACACAAAAGAGCAAAAAGUGAGAGCGGCACUCAUGAAAGCAUGGGCUAAUCUAAAAUUGCGCCAAAAAUUUGCCGAAAUCCUCCCAAUUCUGCGAAUGCUAUCCAGUCAACAGAGAACAGCCCUGGCUGCUCUCGUUUCGGCUCAAGUCAAUGCCAAGCCAGGCAGGGAAUUGAAUCUCAACCAGGUGAAAAGCAUGUUCGGCGACCGGAAAGAUCUGAUACUACCGCUGGUUCUCGAUAUUGCAAAUCUGGUGCGAUUUGCUGCCACAACUGCACAUCAUAAGCCGUACGACACUUUCUUCGAGAAUGAACCCAUUCCUCAGGCACAACUUCUUCGCCGUAGUUUUAACACUCAAUCAUCCGUGGAAAGUGAUGAGAGAAAUGAGGCCGUUGGAACAGUUCUCAAUACAACAAACCCAAUGCUUAAUAUUAGAGACGAUCGUCUAUCGGUUGAAGAUGAUGAUGGUGUUAUUGUCACCACAGAUGAUGGUCACAGAAAUGCGCGACAGAGCGAAUCCAGAGCAUUUCUUGUCACCAGAGAAGCUCCCCAUUAUGAGAAACUCAUUCAAUCAAUGCCCAAAUUUGAUCAAAAACUUGAACAAAAUGACCAAAUGCCUCCGACUGAAUCUACAGAUCCUCUUCUAAGCGUUCAACCCCUAUCCAUUACGCUUACAAGAUCAAGUCCCGUUGAAAAGAAUUUGACUCUCGAAGAAAUUGAGGAUCUAGCUUUUGAGUCUUUGAAUGGAACAGAAAUCACAGAUGCACCAACAACCGAAUCAUCAGAGAACCUUCCAACUCCAGAAAUGCUGAUAGGAAGAAAGCGACAUCGGAAGAAGCCCCCGCCACCUUUCCUUUUCCGCAAACCUCCACAUCUGAGCUCUCAGGGCUGUGAGAAAUUCACCGGAAGUAUUUGCUUAAGGGUUGAUGAUUAUCCGAUGGAUAAAAUUAUGGGAAGCAUUAGGAGGCACUCUUAUGCAAUGAACGCUCUUUUGGCUGAAUACAGCGACAAAGCUGAAGAACAGGAUACUAUGUAUUCCGAUGACUUGCUCUACGAAAGCAAACGACGAGAGGACACCGGUCAACCUGGAGCCAUGUGCAACAGCAUUAUACGAUACGCUCGUCCUCAGAAAGCCAAGUCUGCAACGGGAGAAUGGAAGUAUAUCGUCAACACUGGAAAGCACACCCAAACCCUUCGAUUGGAGAAAUGCAGCAACCCCCAGGACAGUUGUACGUAUCUUACGGAGAACUUCAGAUCACGGUGUGUUCAGGUCUACAACUACCAUCGAUUGCUUAGCUGGGACAAUACUAGGGGUCUUCAUGUUGAUAUCUUCAAAGUACCCACUUGCUGUUCCUGCCGUAUCGAUGGCUAUCGUGAUUCCUACCCACCUCUAACAACUGCUUCAAAUCAAUAUUCAUCCUACAAAGAUGCCUCAACAAACCUCUUUGGAUCACCUUCAAGAACCAAGCCCUAUUCAACAAUAAACGACAACAUAAAUGACUAUGAUGAAGAUGAUGACUUUGAGGAUGAUGAAGAUGAGGAAGAAGACGAUAUUGCGUAUCAGUUUGGGGAUGGUUUCAAAAGGAUCCGCAAACCACCUAAAUCCAUUUUGUCCAGUUCUAGUGUCCCCAAGAUUAGAGUAGAUCAUAUCAAAGUUCCGGGUGGCCCUCCUUUAACUCUUCAAGUUAACACUCCGCCUGAACCCUACCUCAGUCCACCACUAAAUGAGUUCGGAGAGCUUGUGUCUUUCAAAAGAGGCCCUUUCACGGGCAAACGCCGUAAAAGGCCAACGAGUCGCAUUGAUCAGAACCUAUCUGGUAGUGCUACUCAAUUUCAGGAGAUUACCAUUCCAUCCACAGCAGCAGGAGUUGUUACUGAAAGGCCAAAAAGGCGAUCUACCCCUUUGACUACUACACAAACCCUGCAAGAAGUCACUGCCAAGAUGAUAACUCCUCGUCUACCUAACACAGGCUUAGAAAGUGAUGCCGGAAGUAGCCGGGUGAACUACAAUUAUCAUCCGAUAAUAGAGUUCUUUGAGAAUGGAGCGGCCAAGGGGGGUGUAGAGGUGCCGCAGGCCGCAGCAUCCGGAAAAGAGUCGCGCAUUGGCGCUAGCAGUGUCGGUAGCGACUGGCAACCAAUGAUCAAUGGCAAAAAGCGGCUGUGAAUGCCGCAAGUUAUAUUAGUUUCUAAUGUGUAAUUUAUUUUUCGUAUUUAUUCACAAUUGGUGGAAAAUGCAUGUGGAAGCCAAUAAAAGAAAAUGUAGAAGACCA